GGCCCGCUGGUGCUGAAACCCCCCAGCCGAACCGUCCGAGUCUAGCGUCGAAUCAUUGUCUGGUUCCGCGUUUCCUUCCCAUGCAUGGAGUGAGCUCCAACUCCUAAACAAGCCAUGUCGCAGCCUCGGCGGCAAGGUAGCGACAAUACCAGCGUCAACCAGCUACCUGCACCCCUUCCCAUUCCGCCUGCAUCCAAGCAUCAGGUCCUGGUUCACCCGCCACUGUCAAGCGACCUAAUUCCUCGCGACUACCUAGGCCCGCGAUCUGACGGACAGGCUUUACGUUCUGGGUCUGCCAUUGCUUCCCCCCGCAAGCCUCUACCAUCGCCUCUACAUACGAACCUUCACCUCCCAUCACCCCGACAAGUCAGCGCCAGCCCAUCUCAGAUUUCACUCUCUCCACGGUCAUUGGGCAGUACUUCCCCGUGUCAGAACAACUCUACGAUAAGCCACCCGGCACAUGCGACGGUUCCGACCCCUUCAUCUGACACUCAUUCACGAGCAUCCAGCGGAUCGGAAGCAGUAGCGAGGGACCCUUGGGAAAGUCUCAAGCAGUAUGAUAUGAAUCCGAAAAUGCGUGAUAACCGGGUGCAACAAGUCCCAGAUCCUGCAGACUCUCAUGAGUCCAGAAUGUCUUCCCCUAUCUCACCAGCAAACUCCUUUCAAUCGACGCCCCAAAAUCGACCGGGCCAGCGUAUGAUGCCCCGCACCUCAUCAAUUGACUCGGCAAUCUCAUCGCUUUCGUCUGCUUCACAAACGCAUAAGUCUUCGUUCGAUGCCAAUGCGCUCAGCCAGGCCGAUAUUGGAAACUUGAUUACCACCGCAGGCUCAGCUGAAGCUGUGAUCAUACACCUUCUGAAAGAGAAGCAUCAUGCGGCAUCUCAGAACUCCCAGCUCUGGAGGUUGGUUGAUAAGCAAAGAACACUUAUUCUGGGGUUGAAUAAAGACCUCGAGCGCGCAUUGAAGGAAAAGGAACGCUACAGGAAGAAAGUGAAGGAACUGCAGAGCUCUCCACCACCUUUGCCGUCAGCCGAUGAAUCAAAACUACGACUGCGAGACACCGAAAGCAGUGGCACUUUGGCCAGCUAUGGACCUGGCCGGAAAAGCCAACCAAACAAUCGAGGAGUGCUUUCGAACAGUACAGACUCGGCCAGUCAGGGGCGUGACUUCACUCAGUUACACUCCACUACUGCCGAAAGGCAACAUUCAUCUCACUCAGCUUCUCUGCACGGCCUUGGUGUCGGCGAUCUACCUGUCGGGCUAGACAGGGAACACCCGACAACACCCCCCACCGUGUCUCAUGAUCAACAAGCCGAAGCGCGGAACAAUCAAUCACUGGUUUAUUCCCGGCAAGAACUGUCAACAGCGAGUCCAAUCUCAUCCACAGGUUCUAGGUCUCCUGUGGAUAGCUCCAUACCGAGCCAAGAUAAGCAGCAGGAAGUGCUUCCUCCGGGCCGGAAACCUCCCCCUGCGCCAUUAAAUCUUAGCCAAAAGGAUUUUGCAACACCAGAACCCGAUGUCUUUGACUCUGACUCUGAAUAUGAGGAUAUCUUAGCUGCGGAUGAGCUGCCAGUGGAACGCGGAAGGAGGAGGACAAGAGAUGACGAUGAUCGAGAACGUGAAGCAGCCCUCACCAGAGAAAAGGAUGUACUGCAAACCUCUGGAAGCCAGGGAAGCAAUACACAUGCUAUGGCGGCUAUGGAAUCACCGUCAGACCCACAGCAAACAUUACCGUCAUUUGAAUAUUCCGAAUCCCCAAUUUCCAGUCCGCGUAGGAGACACGCGGGGCCAUUCGGCGGCCUCCCUGCUAUCAGUAUCCCGAAAAGUCCUGGGUUGCCAGUCAGCCCGAGGCCCGAAGACCGUCCGUUAGGCUCUCCUUUGCCGCGCCUACCAAGGGAAACCCCCGGUUCCUUGCCUAUGUCGUCAGAAAAUAAUCUUUCUGGGCUAACUCUGUCCCCCCGUCUCGGCCACUACCAAACUCCGUUUUCCAUGGGUACCGCCUCUAGCUCGGCAGCCAAUGGUGCUACAUUUGCCUCUGUGCCAGUUGAUACUCACAAUCGGCCUAUACCAUCAAUUGAUGCGGCUGUUAAGAUAGACACUCCACAUGAACCAGUCGUGAAAAAUAACGGUAUAUUUCAAGGAUUAGUGUCGGAUGAGUUCCCAAACCUACUGCUACCCCCCAAUGCCCUUCCUUCCAUAAAUGUGAAGGUUUCAUCAUCGCGACUUCGCCCAUCUAGGAACAGUUAUAUGGCUUCGAGGCCAUCCGAGGAGGAACCGGUGUUCACGUUAGGCGUUUUCUCAAGAUCCGACAAUGCAGAGCUUUGGCGGACUGAAAAGGUUAUAGCAGCCCUUCCUCAGCUUGAUCAACAGAUAAGGCUGUUAUCGUCUUUCGGGGGAAGGUUGCCUGAUAGGUCUAUCUUCAGCGGACAUUCUCCCGCCAAAGUUGACACACGACGUGCUGCAUUAAAUGCAUACUUUGAGACUCUCCUUGAUACCCCGAUGGAUGACAAGGCAGCGUUAAUCAUAUGUCAAUUUCUAUCAUCUGAUGCCAUUGAACCUCGAGACGAUGAAAUGAGCUUACUGAAAGGGAACCAUCAAGCCGGAGCUGAAAUACUACGUGGCCCGGAUGGAAGACCGAGGAAGGAAGGUUAUUUAACGAAAAGGGGAAAGAAUUUUGGUGGCUGGAAAGCGCGAUAUUUCGUCUUACAUGGUCCCGAGCUGAAAUAUUUCGAGUCUCCAGGGGGCCCUCAUCUUGGGACGAUCAAGCUCUAUAACGCUCAAAUUGGGAAGCAAUCGCAGAGUGCAGGCGGUCGAAAUAGCUCACCUUCUCGCAGUGAAGAGGACUCGGACAACCAGUACCGUCAUGCCUUCCUCAUUCUAGAACCCAAACGCAAGGACUCAUCGGCUCUUGUUCGCCAUGUCUUGUGCGCUGAGAGCGAUGAAGAAAGAGAUGCUUGGGUUGACGCACUUCUGGAAUAUGUUGAUGGUCAAUCAGAGAACGACGGGCACAAUGGAACCUCAAAAUUUCCAUCAUCGACAGUAGGGAAGCAGCAUGCGAACGCCGUUGCCAAAUCCAAAAUAUUUCCUAAUAAUGGAGGCAAGAAGGCAGACAAAGGAACCGGCAUUUUAGACAUGGAAGGCCCUGAUACGGUUCAAGGAUUCAGUUAUGACGAUGCUGUUCCGGCCGAGCCACCCGUCCUCGGGCCAUCAUCUGAUCAACACAUUCCCAAAUCCCCAAUUGUCUCCACGGGGCAUUUGGUGGAUUCUGCAGAUUCCGGUCAAGACUCUGGUCAAUUCUCAUCUAGAUUCAUAUCCGGCCCCACCAAUGGAACAGUAAUCCACGACGCAGGGGCUUGGGGUAACAAAGCAGCUACGAGCGUUAAGGAGAAGAAACGCAGUAUUUGGGGGUUUCGCACAAGGUCAUCGUUCGAUCUUGCUUCUCAGCUUCAGGCUAGCCAUGAUUUCUCAACUUCUCACGUGAACAACAAUGCGGAGAAACGAGAAUUCGUCAGGCCAGUUUUCGGUUUACCGUUGGCCGAGGCUGUGCAGUUUUGCGCGCCACAAGGAGUCGAUGUCGAUCUCCCAGCGGUUGUUUAUCGUUGCAUAGAAUAUCUCAAAGCCAAAGGCGCAGAGUCGGAAGAGGGUAUUUUCCGACUAAGCGGGUCGAAUCUUGUUGUCAAAGCACUGAAAGAGCGAUUCAAUACAGAGGGUGAUGUGGAUUUCCUUGCCGAUGACCAGUAUCACGAUGUGCAUGCUGUCGCCUCUCUUUUCAAGCAAUACCUUCGCGAACUGCCUACAACCGUCUUAACUCGUGAACUUCACUUGGAUUUCUUGCGCGUGCUUGAGCUUCAUGAAAAGCAAAAGAAGGUCGCCGCGUUCAAUUUCCUUGUCCAUCGACUUCCGAAACCGAAUAUGGCUUUGCUGCGGGCAUUGGUCCAGUUCUUGAUAGUUAUUGUAAACAAUUCUGACGUCAACAAGAUGACCAUCAGAAAUGUUGGUAUCGUCUUCGCUCCUACAUUGAACAUCCCAGCACCCGUCUUCUCUAUGUUUCUUACCGACUUUGUCGACAUUUUCGAUGGGCCACCCAAUCACAAUACCGAACAGUUAGAGCUGAACGUCCAAAAUCCUAUUUCCUCUGAAGAUUUCCGUUACCCUUAUCGCCAGAUUCCCUCGGGUUUGUCCUCGCCGGGUUACAGUCAAGCGACAUUCAGCGAACAUGCGGGCUUUGUGGAAGAUGCCUCUCUACAGAACGGUAUAAGCUCCGUAUCAAAGCAGCCAAGCUAUGAGCGGUUCGCUGGUAGUGGAUCAGAGGAAUACAGCCUUGGCCACGCGAGCUCACCUUCGUCGAGUAGGAUGUUGACCCCGAACAUUGAUAAUUCUCGGUCAGCAAAGGCAAAAAGGAGGGAAAGUUCACUCUUAUUCAUGGAGGUCAACCAUCAGGACUUACCUACUUCGAUUCACGGUGAAAAUGCUUGAACGCCCUGAUGCGUCAUGGAUAUGAACGGUUAGAUGUGCUUCAAUGAUCUCCUUCAUCACAUCGCCACUUCGUUAUUCUUCUUUUCUCAUUAGCCCUAUCCUUCGCCUUUGCUGUUUGUUCUC